AGCAAUUUUCUCUCAUGUAUAUUCUGCAUUAGGGAUUCCCUCUCUAGAUCACUUGACUCCUCCUCUAAAUAUCAAUCACUAUUAAUGAAGAAUAGUGUGUCCGGAAUAAACAAACCCUGAUACAGUAUUCAGGACAAGAUGUCUCUGCAUGUAUACAUUCAUCGAACAUUGUGAUAUCUCAUUGCUGCACCAGGGAUCCCCCUGAAAACACCACCCCUUUUCAUCAGCACCAGCUCUCUCCUCCUCCUCCUGUGAACUCUCCCUUACCCUCUCUCUCUCUCUCUUACUGCUUGCCCCUGAUCAGCACACACACAUCAUGCUCACACAUAGAUCAUGCUCACACUGACAACCUGCUCCCUCCCUCCUGCUGCUGCUAGCUUUGCUGAUCCCCCGGCGUUCUGAGGAAGAAGAUCCCCUCUCAGCAGUGUUCCACUAAUGAUCUGCUCACCCACAGACCAGCGCUCUACAUACUGUGGAUCCCCAGAGCAUUUCUCACACUGUCACUGACUGCAGAUCAGCUUGGAAAGGACACUGAUCAAGAACAACUUGUUACACUUUUUUGUAUAUAUUGUUAUUGGGCUCAAUUUCUUUUGGAAGGAAGAAAAACAGGAAGGAUCAUACAGAGGAAGAAGUGCAGAGGAUCUGUUUGAUUUUUUUUUUUUAUUAUUCUUUUUAAAAUCUUAUUGUUUUCGGAUUGAUUUUGGUGUUGGACUGUGAGAGAGAGCUUUAGAUCCGGUGAGUCAUUGCAGCCUCCUCUUACCUCCAUUUGCAUGUGAAGGUCUGAUCGGAUUUAACCCUUUUGCUUCUCCGUUGAACGUUCCUGUAAUACUGUUUAAAGUUGCUGGUACGUUUCCUGGAAGUGUUAACGUGGCAGACACAGACGUCAAAGGGGAACCUUCAGUGUCAUGACCUGUGAGAUUUGGCGCCUAUUGUGAUAUCCUGAAUUCGAAAGACAAACGGCAGCUAAAUUGUUAUCAUUCUGUCUUUUGAAGAGACAAGUGGAUUAAAAUCGGAACAUAUUUUUCUUCUUAGCAGAUCCCAAACAGGGAGAACUUCGGUACAGCCAUGCGUGUACAAUUUCAGACGGACACAGGUUAUUUGCGCAUUAGCAUGUUGAUGACAACUACACUUUAGUGACUUUGCAGAACCCGUGUCAAUUUGCACCAAAAGACCCUUUCAAGGCCAUAUGAAGUGCUUGGAAUAAUAUCAACAAUGUUGGUCAUGUAUAGAACUCCUGUAUAAUACUCAUAUCCUACUAAGUGGAAAAGCUGAUACUGAUAUACAAACUUGCUAACUUGGAAGGGCUUCCAAGAACAUGAAAACAAUGCCAAUUUGAGAAGGAACCCGUCACAAUCAAUGUGUCUGUACAGCAUUAAAGUAAGCUAGCACUCAAGAACUAUCAAAAAUGGACUCUGAAGAUACACAUUUAGGGCAAGAAGCUACCUCAAGGUCUGGUGAGUCUGAAAAAGUACCAAAUAGAUGGAGACAGGAAAAUCCAGCAGUGGCUUCAAUGAGCAAUUAUGGCAGUCAAGAGGGAGAGAGGCAGCAGCCAGUCAACCCUGAGAGCAUCAGAAACCCCACAUCAGCACAGCAUUUUGGUUCUUUGAAAGCAGUUUCACAGAGUGAAAGUGUGCAGCAUAUCCCAGAAAAGCAAUACGCACAGAAACGCCAUGGUUCCUAUGGCCAGCGGCAUUCCCUUUCUUUUCCUCAACAUAAUGUCCACCAACAGAGGUUAGUGCACAGCACAAAACCACACCAGAGCCUGGAAGGACAUGCCUACCCAUUUCAUAGUCACUUAUCUGUUGCCUCUGAGGACUUAUUUUUCAGAAUGCAUGGACCUAGUCCAGCAUUCCCCAGAAAGAAAAUUACAGGACUUACAUCUUAUAGCCAAUAUUCCCAAAAGUCUCUUGAACAAUCAGAAGAUACUCAUAAAAAAGAGCAGAAGCCCAAAAAACCUGGCAAAUAUAUAUGUCCGUAUUGUACACGGGCUUGUGCCAAACCUAGUGUACUGAAGAAACACAUCAGGUCUCACACAGGGGAACGUCCAUACCCAUGUGUCCCCUGUGGUUUCUCUUUUAAAACAAAAAGCAAUUUAUACAAGCACAGAAAAUCUCAUGCCCAUGCUAUCAAAGCUGGGCUAGUUCCUUUCACAGAAGCAGCUGUUUCAAAAUUAGAUUUAGAUGCGUCUUGCAUCGAUGUGGAAACAGAAAUACAUUCUGAUGGAGAACAGAGCACUGACACAGAUGAAGAGACAUUGUUGCUGGUUGAAGACUCUGAAAAACUGAGCCAAUCUCCACAAAUUCCUCUGGACAUAAGUGUUCAAAGUGAAGAGUUUUUAGAUCCAGGUUUCCAUGUGUCUUCAGAUGAGUCCUUAAUUGGUCCAAUGAAAGUGCCAAUACUUAUAAUCCCCAAAAGUGGCAUUCAAUUAUCAAGUGAAAGUGCCCAAUUUAUGGCAUCUGAGAUAAUGCUCAAUCAAUCACUGAGUGGUAAAACCGAUGAUUCCCACACAGUUAGACAAAAACUUGCAUUAAGGCUGACUGAAAAGAAAGUGCAAGAUCCGGAAAAAUCAUUAAAUCUACUGAGCCCCCACAGUAAAGGGAGCACAGAUUCAGGUUACUUUUCUCGCUCUGAAAGUGCUGAACAGCAAGUCAGCCCUCCAAAUACCAAUGCAACAUCAUAUGAGGAAAUUAUAUUUGGCAAAUAUGGCAGACUGAGUCCAAGAUCCUCUGUACCAAGUCAAGAUGCUAACUACCCAAUUGUAAAUACUGUUAUUAUGGAGGAACAUAUGUCACAUCUUAUUACAAAGAGGGAAGGCAUCCUAGACUAUGACAAAAUUAGAGGUGUGAAAUACAGAUUACCUGGAAUCCAUGGUCCUGAAAUACAGAAAUCUCAUCUUAUGACAGAACCUGUUGAAAUUGAAGCUAAGCUGUAUCAAGAAAUUCAGCAUGGCCAGACGGCAGUGCUUUUAGCAACACCUGGGGACAGCUCACCGCUUAUAAGAAGCAACUCCAUGCCAACAUCCUCUGGAACUAAUUUAAGCAUUCCCCCUUCGAUAAGAGGAAGUCAUUCAUUUGAUGAGUGUAUGACUGGGUCAGAUGAUGUAUUUUAUCCAGGGACAGGGGGCGUCCCACAUCCACGCCCUUUAAGACGGCAAGAAGCUUUUGAACUACCUUCAGUCAUGCAGGGUCAUUCUGAUUUUGAUACUUAUGGGAGGGCAUCCAAGAAUGCAGCUGCUGCUUACAACAGGAAAGGCAUGCAUGAAAAGUCUUUAUCUAAAGAAAAGAAAAUGGAAAGGUUUAUGCAUGAAUGUAAUGUCUCAGGUGUGCACCAUAAAAGAUGGGAGGAAUUUGAAAGUCACAAACAAGGAUACAGAGAUAUGCAGCAAAUUGGUGGAAUCAAACAGGUUGGAGAUUACUUUACUGAUGUUACAGGACCUAUUGUCUCUCGUUUUGGAACAGUUGCUGAAAACCGAAAGCGCAGAAAGGAAAAAAGUGUUGGGGAUGAGGAGGAUAGUCCAAUGCCUUGCAGUGGAAUUGGUAGUCCACUCAUCUCAGAUUAUGAUACAAAACAUGAUGUUUCAAGGGGCAGGUUUGUUGAUUCAGGGCAAGAAUACCCAUAUGGAACGCAAGUGGAACGUUUUGAUAUGUGUAGAUCACAUGUACAGCCUGGUAGUCCAGUUUCUAUAUUAGAUGAAUCCUCUUCUGGUACUGAUCCAGAAAAAAUUACAGAAAUAAUCAGUAGAAAACCCCCUGGUAAUGUCAUCUCUGUAAUUCAGCACACUAAUUCUCUGAGCAGACCAAACUCUUUUGAAAGGUCUGAGUCUACGGAACUUCUAACGUGCAAUCAAGAUAAGGCUUGUUCACCUUCUGAGGCUUCUGAUAGUGGGAAUACAAUGUCUUCAAUGAGUCCAGACUGGACACAGCAAACUGAAAAUCCUGAAGUUACAGGCCGGCCAUCUCCAUCUCAGCUCUCACAACAGUCAGUAUAUCACAUGCCUCCUAGAUUGGUCCGCCAGCAUAAUAUCACAGUACCUGAGAUUCGUGUGACAGAAGAGCCAGACAAGCCAGAGAAGGAAGUAGAAAUCCCAGUUAAAGAACCUGAAAAGACAACUGAAGAAUUUCAGUGGCCUCAGAGAAGUGAAACCCUUUCUCAACUCCCUGCUGAGAAACUACCACCAAAAAAGAAGCGUCUACGUCUGGCAGACAUGGAUAACUCAUCUGGUGAAUCAAGCUUUGAGUCGACAGGCACAAGUCUCUCCCGAAGCCCAAGUCAGGAGAGUAACUUAUCUCAUAGUUCAAGUUUGUCAAUGUCAUUUGAGAGGGAAGAACUCAUGAAAUCUGCAACUCCUACAAAACAAGAUGAAAUAGGAAGGCAUGCAGAAUUUUUAACAGUUCCUCCUGGUUCCUAUUCUCUCUCUGUGCCAGGCCAUCAUCAAAAAGAAAUGAGGCGCUCCUCUUCAGAACAAAUACCAUGCCCUAUACUGACUGAAAUCCCUGAGAUUCGUAGUAAAUCUUUUGACUAUGGUAACCUUACCCAUGCUUCAGGGGCUGGGGCAACCACUACAACUUUAUCCCCAGCCCGUGAGAGGAAAAAAUGUUUUCUUGUACGACAAGCUUCUUUUAGUGGUUUUCCUGAAAAUGCACAGACAGAACAAGAACUUGGUAAUCAAGAAUCAUCAGAUCAGCAGCACACUUCUCGCAAGUCUCCACAGACAGGUUGGCAUCAUUCACCUUCAACGUCAUUAUCAGGCUCGACAGGACAUUCUACUGAAGAUUCUGGAAACGUACUUGUUGGAAUUUCUGGACAACCUAUGAGUACCUCACCCCACUAUUCACAGCAGCCCAUUAGUAGCCAUGAUGCAUUACGACAUUCUUUUGCCCCUCAAUCUUCAUAUAUCCCCAAAAGACAUACAGCUAAACAGCAACAUGCAUUUUCACAUCCUGAGAAGAUUUUGUACCCUCCAGUUCACAAUGCAUUUCAAUUACCUUAUACAUCUGUGUGUAUGUCUCACAUACCAUCCCACCACCCACUUUUGUGGCCAUCUUGUAUAGAUCCUUUGCAGAGACAUUUCCAACAAAAUUUGCAUCAGAUAAAAUCAUAUUUCAAACCACCUAGCCAAUCAGAGUCACACCCUUCAUUUUAUUUUGAAUCUACUCAGGAGCAUACUGGUUGUAAGCCAAUAAAUUACAUCCAUGGGAUGGAAACAAUCUACCAGCCAUAUUUAGAACCAUCAACACAAAAAUCAAAAACUAUGCUUGGGAAACUACAGAGAGACCAUAGUGGAGGCUCAAGUGAUUCCACAUCUGAUCAGCACCUUCAGAUAGUUUCUGCUUCCCCUCAUAUUGGUUCUAUUCAGCCUAUUCCAGGAGCUAUUGUCCCUGUCAGAAUUCAGACUAAUGUGCCAUCGUAUGGAAGUGUAAUGUAUACUAGCAUUUCACAAAUUGCUGUAACACAUGCACAAACUAAAAACUCAACACUUGUAAUAUGCAGAGUGGAUGGGAGUACAUCACAGAGGAUACUGGCAACAACAGCAUCUAUGAAAGAUUUAGGAUUCAACAUAGCCAAGAUGUUAGCACCCUGCAAAGACAUAGAACAAUAUCCCCUGUGGAAAGUGCCACAGACAUUACCACUUGGUUUGGAAUCUGAAAUCCCUCUGUGUUUGACUUCCAACUCUGAGAGUGCUUCCACUUAUGGAGGUGGAAAACGUAUGCUUUCUCCAGCGAGCAGUUUGGAACUUUUCAUUGAAACCAAACAGCAAAAACGAGUCAAAGAGGAAAAGAUGUAUGGGCAGAUUGUUAAGGAACUGAGUGCUGUUGAACUUACAAAUUCUGACAUUAAAAAGAACCUGCCACGGACAUCCAAACCUCAGUUGGUUAGGCAAGGUCAUACUACUGAGCAAAAGGACAGUCUCUCUUCAGCAACAGAAUCACCGCCACCUGCAUCAUCAGUUUCUACUGUUAUAGACAAAGAAUUACCUGAAUGUAAGAACAAUGAUAGCCCAGAAGGUCGAAUGUCACCUGAUGAGUUCUACAAUGAGGAGACAUCAUCAGAUAUGAGUCUAAGCCCUGAGAGGACACCAAGUGAAUUUAUUGAGGAUGAUCCAUUGAAAAGUCAGAAGCCAUCUGCUGGUAUGUUUGUUCAAAUGUCUGAUAGUUCCAGUGGAAUAGGGGGAUCUUCAAGGAGUCUUGUAAAAGAUGGGGCAGAAUUUCAACAGAUUCUUCAAUUUCCUAGCCUACGUACUACAACAACAGUUAGCUGGUGCUUUCUAAAUUAUGCAAAACCAAGCCACACAGAGCAAGCAUCCCUCAAGUCAUCUGUUUAUGCUUCAUGGUGUAUCAGCUCAUGCAAUCCUAAUCCUUCUGGACUUAAUACAAGAACUUCUUUAGCACUUCUAAGAUCCAAGCAGAAGAAUACAGUGGAAGUAUAUACAAUGGCAGCAAUGCAUAGAUCUGGAGCUGGCAAGUUAACAUCAUCAAGUGUAUGGAAGCUGCAGUUUGCACAGAUGAAACCUGAGCCAUCUCUCUUGGUUAGCAGUAAACUUGAAAAGAAGGCUGCAGGAACCAGCAAAGAAAGGACAAAGGGAGAAAAUCAUGGGGAGAAAGAUAUUUCAGCUAAACAAACUGAACCAAUGAGGAUUAAGAUCUUUGAAGGAGGUUUCAAGUCAAAUGAAGACUAUGUGUAUGUGAGAGGACGAGGUCGUGGAAAGUACAUAUGUGAAGAAUGUGGUAUACGUUGCAAAAAACCCAGCAUGCUGAAGAAGCAUAUCCGCACCCACACGGAUGUACGGCCUUAUGUGUGCAAACUGUGCAAUUUUGCCUUCAAAACGAAAGGAAACCUGACAAAACAUAUGAAGUCGAAAGCACACAUGAAAAAAUGCCUGGAGCUGGGAGUAGCAAUGACAUCCGUAGAUGAUGCUGAAGCAGAGGAAUCAGGAAGUAUCGAAGAAACACAGAAAGAAUCUGAAAAGAAUGUCACAGCUAUCGAUCACCAGUUUUCUGAUGCUGAAGAAUCAGAUGGAGAUGAUGGUGACGAUAAUGAAGAUGAUGACGAUGAUGAUGAUGAUUUUGAUGAUAACCAAGGAGAUAUAACACCAAAAACAAGGUCAAGAAGCACUAGCCCUCAGCCACCCAAGUUUUCAACAUUAUCUGUCACAGCUGCUUCAGCAUCCCAGAGAACUUCACCCGAUGGCUACAUAGGCCAUUCCUCCUUAAUGACUUAUUUAUCAACUUUGCCCAGUAUUCAAGUUACACAUCUCAUGACACCAAGUGCUAUGUGUGGAGAUUCACAAGUGAUGGAAUAUCAAAGGCUUUUCCUAACCCGAGAUAGAAUGGAUAUACCUGGGAGCAUGGAUGAGGACUAUAUGCUUACAUCUGAACCUAGUUCUUCUCCCAAGGAUUUCUCUUCCUGCAGUCACCAUUCUUCACCAGGGUAUGAUUCUUCCCCUUGUAGAGAUAAUUCUCCAAAGAGGUACUUAUCACUUAGAGGGGAUUUGUCUCCCAGAAGGCACUUAUCACCAAGACGAGAUGCUUCACCCAUGAGGCACUUAUCCCCAAGAAAAGAAGCCGCACUGAGGAGAGAAUUGUCCCCAAGAAGAGACAUAUCACCACGGCGUCAUCUUUCGCCUUUGAGGCCAAUGUCACCAGGGAAAGAUAUGUCUCCUGGAAGAGAUCUAUCUCCAAGACAAGAGAGGAGAUACAUGGGCUCAUUUAGAGCAGUUUCCCCCAGAAGACGUUUACAUCAUAACACAAGUUUGCCAAUGAGUCACUAUUUGCACUCAGACUCAGGACUGCUGGGGCAUGGAACUUCACGGAAGAGCUGGCCACAAAUCCCAUAUACAGGGCUACCUCCAGAAGAUGCUCCUGGAUACCAAAGCACUUGCCCAGCUCCAGAUGUCCACAGCGACUAUAUUUUCAGCCACCUGCCAUUGCACUCACAGCAACAAAUACGAGCACCUUUACCAAUGAUCCCAAUUGGGGGAAUACAAAUAAUCCACUCAAAUUCUGCAAUUCAACCUAGUCCUCAUACAUCUACAACCACACCUUUGCACCCGAGAAGCUCAGAUGAGAAAAUAAAUAUAUCUCCUGAGUUAUGUGAGAGUUCCACAUCGCACCUUGAGAAACAUUCUUUUAUUAGUAUCCCUUCGAUAGACACUUUAUCUGGAGAAGCUACCACUCUCUUACCCUCACCAGGGCAAAGUCCUUCUGAUGAAAGCUUCAAGCCCACAGAAAGGGAGCAGGAGGAAAAUAUACGUACUUGCACAAAAGCCAUUGCUUGCCUGAGGAUUGCCACGGAGGAAGGUCUACCGCCAAAGCGGGACCAACUGUCUCGUCCUCCUGUGCCCAAUCAGAAAACUUUAGGAAGUGCACAGCCCAGCAUUAGGCACUUUAGUGGACUUGAGGCGGGCACGUCACUUGCAUGCGCCUCAUCCACCCAUGUUGACUUGCACGGAGAAAAAGACAGUUUUGGUACAUCACAAUCUACAUCGGCUCAUUCCAAAUUCUAUAGUAAGAGCAUGGACAUGACAAAACUAGGCUUUCAUGCACGGAAAGAAGAAUCACAAGAAGUGAAAGACACAUCGUCUGAAGCUAGCAAAAUGCAUUGAUUUGAAUGAGCAUGUAGACUUUUUGAUUGACUUUAUUUUAUUGUAGAAAAAAACAAAACAUUCAUAGCAUGUCCAAUGUACUUAAAAAUAAUUUCCCCAUGAAAUUAAUUUUAUUAUAUUAA